ACUGCAGAGGAAACAGAAGAUUCUGGCAGUGGGUGGACAUCAAAAAAUGGUGAAAUCUGGUCUCCCUCUAACAACGACACGCUGCGCUACAUUCCCGCUGCCAGAGGUUUGGUUCCAGGGCCCACGCGUUAUGCCAUUACAAUAAUUGAUGACGUGGAAUCCUCCUUCAAUUUAUUUUUCACUGCUGAGAUCAUCAGUAGUAUUGUCGACAUGACAAACUUGCAGGGGGGACGUUCGGUGGCAAACUGGAGUGAUGUGGAUGCCACAGAUAUUCGUGCAUAUAUCGGUCUCCUGAUAUUGGCUGGAGUUUACAAAUCGAAGGGCGAAUCCAUCCGCAGCCUCUGGGUUGACCACAGUGGACGUGCCAUCUUCCGUGCCACAAUGACCCACACCAAAUUCCGGUUGAUGAAUACCACCCUCCGGUUUGACGACAAGCUGAUGAGACCUUCCCGUCACAGAGAGGACAAGCUUGCCCCCAUCCGCUCUCUCUGGGAGAAGUGGACACAUCGCCUUCCGAUGCUUUGCAACCCUGGUGAAGAUGUGUGUGUGUGUGGAUGAGCAGCUUGUCCCCUUCAGAGGCCGCUGCAAAUUCCGGCAAUACAUACCAAGCAAGCCAGCAAAGUAUAGGCUAAAAAUCUGGGUCACCGCUGACGUUGAAACCUCCUAUGCCUGGAAGUGCCAGAUUUACACCGGUAAAGCUGCUGGCAGUGCUGCCAAGGUGGGCCAGGGAAAGCGUGUCGUCCUGGAAAUGACAGAGGGGCUCCAAGGGAUCACUGUGACUUGUGACCAUUUUUUCACGUCAUAUGCACUUGUGCAGGAGCUACUAAAGAGGAAAGUGGCCCUUGUCGGAACCAUCCGAAGAAAUAAGCCUGAGCUUCCAUCCAAACUCCUGCAGGUGAGGCAGAGAGCUGCCCUCUCCUCUCUUUUUGGUUUUACCAAGAACACCACAGCGGUGAGCUACAUUCCCAAACGGGGGAGAAACGUGCUCCUCCUCAGCAGCAAACACAGGGACCCAGCUGUGACAGAGGAGGAGAAAAGGAAACCUGUGAUCAUUGCAGACUACAACCACUGCAAGGGAGCUGUCGACAACCUAGACAAGGUUGUGGGCUCCUACAGCUGCAGGAGGAUGACCCAUCGGUGGCCACAGGUCCUCUUCCACAACAUGAUAGAUGUCUCUGCCUUCAUGCAUUUGUGCUUUUUACUGCUGUGGAUCCCUCCUGGAAGCAAGCCAAGUCCUUCAGGAGGAGGCUUUUCUUGGAGGAGUUGGGGAGAUCUCUGGUGUCUGCAAAAAUCAUGCGGAGAAAGCAUCCACCUCGUACACCGGCUGCUGUUACCAUAGUAUGAUUUGUUCAUGAAUGUUGAUUGCAGUUUGCUGUUUGGAAAAUAAAUGUUGACAUUGAUACAUCUGAUGCUGAUUUAAAAAUGAUUUCAGAGAAAGUUGAAAAUAGUAUUACUUCAGUGUUUUUA